AUAGUUAUGGAGCUACCAAUGUUAUAAACCCUAAGAGUUUGUAUCAUAGUUAAAAACAAUGAUCAAACAACUCUUCCACAUCUUUAGCUAUUUAAAAAAUUGUUAGCUUUCUAGUUGGCCUAUCUAAUUCAUCCAAAUUAACCAACUCUCUCAAACUCCUCCUCUAACCUUACCUAUUCCAUUCAUCACACAAAAACCCCAUUUAAAGAACACCUCAAACCCAUCAAAUUUGCAUACUUGCAUGCAAGAACAUCACAAUUUCUCAAGAAUGGCAAAAACAACCAAAAUUAUCAGAAAAUCAAUCUUUACUUUUCUUCAAAACUAUCAUUUUUUCACUUCAAAUUCUGCUCUUUUCGCCUUACCUUUCUCCGUUUCAAUUCUCCUCUCGCAAUCUUUAUUAGUCCCUUCUUCAAACUCUCUGUUUCCGGUCAUACAGAGCCGGUUACUGACUCUGUUUCAAGCCGCCGGAUUCCCUGUGUCGUCGGAGUUUUUCAGUUUUCUUACUAUUAAACUCUCUCAGACUCUAUGUUCAUCAAUCUUGGCUUUACCCUUUACUCUCAGUUUCUUGAUUCUUGCAAAAGCAUCCGUAAUUCAAUCUUUAAAGAAAGAAAAAACAGAUUCUUUCUCAUCUUUAAUAUCAAUUUUUAAUCCUAUGUUCUGUACAUAUGUUUUCAACACAUUCUUGAUCAUAUCAGCAAAUGCCACAGCUUUUUGCUUCUUGUUCUUGUCGUUUACGUUUCUUGAAUUCUCCGGCUUCACUUCCCGGAAUACCCACCUCAUUCUCUCGGCGGCCGGUGCAGUUUUUUACUCGGUGAUUCUUGCAAAUGCCAUCAUUAUAAGCAACUUAGCACUGGUUCUAUCCGGGGCUGAGAAAACCGGCGGGUUUACAGCGAUUCUUAAAGCUUGUGUAGCGAUGCGCGGAAGAACUUCAACUGCACUGUCGCUGGCUCUGCCGGCAAAUGUUGCUCUGGCCGGAGUUGAAGCUUUGUUUCAUUAUAGAAUCGUUAGACCGCUGAGUGGCGGACCGGCGAGUUCUUGGAUGGUUAUGGAAGGGAUGUUGAUUGCGUAUAUAUAUUCGGUUUUUAUAGUUAUUGAUACGGUUGCUACCUUUAUGUUCUUUAAAAGUUGCUGCAAGAAAAAAUGUUUUAGAGAUGAAGAAGAUGAAAAAAUGUUUCAUCUGAUUGAGAUUGAAGAUGAAGAUUAUGGAUCGUGUGGUUAUGGUAUUAGCUCAAAGGGUGAAAAAGAACUGCCAUGAGUUUAAAGAUUGGUAUAUAAGUAUAUACAAAUUCAGAUGAAUAUUCUUUUUCUUGAUUUUUCUUAGAGAUGGGAUUUUCAGAGAUGGGGAUGAAUAAAGAGCAACAAGUGAGGUGAUUCAAAUGAACAAGUAACUAUGCUGCACGUAAACUUCUGGAACUCGGAAAUUCUAUAUUUAUGGUUCUUAUACGAAUUGUCUUUUAAUGUUUUUUAUUUCCGUGAUACAUAGAGAAGAGGAAGGAAAAGGGAAAUCGAUACAAUUUAUUCAAUUUCCCUCUCAAAUUCUCCAAUUGGAUUUUUUAUUUUUCAUUUUAGUGUUUAGUUUAUAUUCUUCAUAAUUUGUAGAUGGGAAAGUGUUACAUUGUGAAUUACAAAAUAUUUUGGGAUUA